AUGCAAACAGCCAUCCGACCACCUCGGCCUCCUGCAUCAUCAUCAUCAAAUGGCUCCCGAAAUACAGCUGUGAGGAAUAAUGGAUCAUCAUCAAUAACAAGUAAUAAUCAUCAAUGGACUUAUUCAUCAUCGCGGAACGAUUAUGAAGACGAGCACAGAAAAAGUUACGAAUUUUUACGAGAGUUAGAAGAGAGCAAUAGACAAAACAUGCCAAAAAUAACAAGCGCUGAUUAUUUAGAUAUGAGACUUCAGAAGGAAAAUCCUACAACUAAAAAACCCUCUCAAAAACGAAAAGAGGAACCUCCGAAGAAAUUUGAUUUACAAGCUCUUGCUAAACACAUGAUUUAUGACGAAAUUGUAAUUCCUCCCGAAUUACAAGCUUCUUACAUUGAGCAGCAAAAAAGAUUAAAAUCCGAAGAAAAAAGAAAACACGCCAUCGAAGAGAAGGCAUCCAAUCAGCAACAACAAAAAUCAUCAUCCAGUAAUGGCAGCUCCAAAAUAGCAUCCACAAGUUCCUCAUCACAACAAACUAAAAAGAAAUCAUCCACAAAUGAUCAUUCAACAAUGCGAAAUCAAAAUGUAAAUAAGAAAUCGACACACACCACUCUGAAUCGUGACAGUACCAUGCUUGGUACACAAUCAUUGGAUCUUCCAACAAUCAAAAAAAAGAAUUCUAGUAGCAGUAGCAACUCUUCACUUGACCAAAGAGCUUCAAAUACUUCCUCUUCAUUUAAAAUUCCAAAAAAAAGUGGCGCAACCUCAAUGAGUAAUGGCACUAUUUCAUCGAGCAAGUCCCAAACCAUUACACCUUCCAAACCAAAAGCUUCACAAGCCCCACCUCCUCCUCAAAGAGCUCAACAAAAAACAUCCGUACAAAAAUCAUCCUCGAAUGCAGCCCUUCCACGUGCUUCAACUUCCUCUCAAGCAUCGUCAAAAAUUAAAUCCAAUGCUACGGCACGCCAAUCCAAUAUUCCUGUUAAAUCUGUGAGUAGCAAUCAAGUAAGGAUAUCUGGAGGUGUAGCAAAACAGGCCAUAGCAAAUCGUCCCAAACCAAACUCUGCCUCAAUUGCAAAGCCUCCUGUACCAAAGAGAAAGGCAGAAGUGCUGGAUGAUGAAGAAGAGGAAGAUGAAGAGGAUGAAUACGAAUAUAGUGACGACGAAGAUGAGGCGCCUUCCCACGACAGAUAUAUUCCACCUCCAAAUCCAUAUGAUCCAUUUGCUUUUGAUCGAUUACGAGGCAACGACACUUAUAGACCUGGAUCCAUUGCUAGACUUUUCUUACGUCCAAAUCAAAGAUGUUAUCAAAAUUAUGGAGACUAUGACGACGAUGAUGACAUUGAGGAAGCACGGUAUGACGAUAUUGCAGACGAGGAAGCUGAGGCUGAAAGAAUUGCUCGAUUGGAAGAUGAGAGAGAAGAACGAUUAGAAAAGCAGAGAAGAAAAGAACGUGAAAUGAGAAAGAAAAUGAAAACUAAGUAA